ACUUGGGAGCGUUUCAGUUCGAUCUCAGCACUCGUUCGGGAACGUGGCAUUCUGCUAAAAUAAAAAGAAUUCGUUUCUCUAUUUAUGAAAACAAAAUAUUACUUAAUAAUAUUACUUUAGUUAUGAUAUCGAGAAAAAAUAUAAUAAUUCUUGAGGCUCUGGUUUUGUGUGUUAUAGCCCCAACAGCUCUUUCUUUUGCAAGCGUCACCCAUAAUAGUUCGACUAUAUGUGAUGGAGUCCAGUAUAAAGAGGACCCCUUGGACGAUUCAUUCGAGAGAUGCUAUUCAAAUAUGUGCAAUGAGACUACACAUUUUCGGUGUUUGUACGGAGGCUGCAUCCCUAUAUCAAAUAUCUGUAAUAAUAAAAAUGAUUGUUGGGAUGGCAGCGACGAAAACGAACUACUAUGCUUAGAAGAUGAAGAUCUGGAUGCGAAGUAUGAGGACAUCCACGGAGAUUGCGAGUCGAAUUUUGAUUGCAAAGAUAAAGGUGCUCUAGUCGGAGAUAGAUGCAUUACCUGGGAUAGGGUCUGCGAUGGAAAAAGCGAUUGCACGGACAAUCGGGAUGAAAGUACAUCUAUUUGUGCAAUGAUUCCUUGUGCACCACCGAAUUUUAGAUGUAAAUAUGGUGCCUGCAUCUCUCAAAAUGCUAUGUGCAAUCAUGUCAUUGAUUGCUUCGAUAGUUCAGAUGAGCUUCUCGAAAUUUGUUUACAUCCUAGUGCAUAUGUUGAUGUAGCUACGUCUUUGAAUCACUCAAGUUCCGAUGAAAUAACCACUUUCCAAGGACGUCAAAAAUGGACUGUAAAUGAAUGCGUUCUUAACGAUCCAAAAAUGGUGGGAGAGGAUUUCUUGUCAGGAAUUACUUAUCUUGGAGGCGAUGGCAAGGUUCCCGACAAAAACCAUGUCGUGCUGCGUUGCGCCGAAGGUUACAGUCUGGACGGAGAGAAAUAUAAUAUUUGCGACGGCGAUAAAUGGUUGAAUAAAUUGGGCAGAUGCGUCCAACAAUGCAAACAUUUUGGUAACAACGAACAUUCCACACAGUGCUUCCACAACAAUAUUCUGGUAGACUGCGAGCAGCAGUAUCUAUUAAAGGAUACAGAAAUGAAGGUUACCUGCGCUCCAGGGUAUAUUGAUGAGGCUUAUGGUACGCAGGUUUGUGGCGAUGGUGGCGAAUGGAAAGUGAAAAAGGCUUUGCCCAAGUGCAAGCCUAUGUGCGGCUUUAAAGUGAUUGAGGAUUGCCCGGAUCCAUGGGAAAUGAGCGUGUUCCAGCGCGGCCACAAGCCCAUCUUCCAAUUCGCCUGUACUGCCACCGUUGUGUCUCCGUUUUUCCUGCUGGCCCCCAGUAGCUGUUUCCAGAAUAUCACCAUUAAGAGCGUUAAAUCCAGAGAACCAGUGCUCUAUACAGUUGCCGAGGGUGAGAGGUACACUGAAACCUUCAAUGCCCACGAACUUCACGCUUAUAAAUUACACAACGUCUCGUUUAUACAAAAUGUUACUCAAGAAUAUGAGGGCAUAUUUUAUCCCCUGGUCUUGGUGCAGCUAAUGCAGCCCUUGGAGAUCGGAGCUAAUUUGAAUCCAGUGUGCCUUUCCGACAACGACCCGCCAGAAAAAUGGCUAACUCGUGGAGACUUCAAAGAAAAUGUUGGCAAGGCGAUAUGCAAAAAGAAAAAUGAUCUCUACGUGCUGGAAGAAUACAUAGGGAGUGGUUCGGCCAAAUAUGACAUCAGCGCCUUCAUGAGACCAAUCAAAGAUUACAUAUAAAGUGCACAGAAGGCGGGAAACAUUUAAUUCACUUUAUUACGGGAUGAAUUUGUGGUUAAUCGGAAAUCAAUGUACAUCAACUGAGGAAACACACAUCUACUAUUGACAACUAUAUAAUUAUGUAUGCGUAUUCAGUUGGACGGGGUAUCCGCAACGUUACGGGAUCGCACGCCGUUCGGGAACUAUCUGCCAUUUGAAUGGUACUGUAAACUUUCAAAACAAUAAUUAUAUAGCUCGAUUAUCUGAAUA